AUGAUAAAAUUUUUAUUUAUAAUAGUAUUUUUAACUCCUUUAUGUUUUUUCAGGUACUGAUAUUUAAGUUUAUUUUUAUUUUAUUUAAGAUUUUUAUUUAUUUUUAUAUUUAAUAUUAGGAAGGAUUAUAGGUUUUUAUCGUAUAAUUUUGGAUUGGAUUUAUUAUCUUAUUCUAUAGUAAUAUUAAGAUUUUGAAUUUGCUCAUUAAUAUUAUUAGCAAGAGCAAAAAUUUUUAAGAAAAAAGAUUAUUAUGAAUUAUUUAUAUUUAAUAUUUUAUUUUUAAUAUUUAGUCUAUUUAUAGUAUUUUCUUCAUUGAAUUUUUUUAUUUUUUAUUUAUUUUUUGAGAUUAGUCUAAUUCCUACAUUUUUUCUUAUUAUUGGUUGAGGGUAUCAACCAGAGCGAAUUAGGGCAGGAAAAUAUCUUUUAUUUUAUACUUUAUUAGCUUCUUUACCAAUAAUAGUAGGAAUUUUUUUUAUUUUUAAAAGUGUCAAUAGAUUGGAUUUUUAUUUUUUAUCACUAAAUUUAGAUAAUUUUUUAUUUUAUUUAUGUAUUAAUAUAGUUUUUUUUGUUAAAAUACCUAUAUAUUUAAUUCAUUUAUGGCUACCCAAAGCCCAUGUUGAGGCUCCUAUUUCAGGUUCAAUAAUUUUAGCAGGUGUGAUAUUAAAGUUAGGGGGAUAUGGUUUAUUUCGAGUAAUAAAAAUAUUUUUAAACAUAGGUUUAAAGAUUAAUUUUAUUUUUAUUACUAUUUCUUUAAUUGGUAGAGUUUAUAUAUCUUUAAUUUGUCUUCAACAAAGAGAUAUUAAAUUAUUAAUUGCUUAUUCUUCUGUUUCUCAUAUAGGCUUAGUAUUAAGGGGUUUAUUAACUUUAAAUUUAAUGGGCAUGUGGGGUAGAUUAGUUUUAAUAUUAGGACAUGGGUUAUGUUCAUCUGGUCUUUUUUGUUUAGCUAAUAUUUCUUAUGAACGUUUAAAUAGACGAAGUUUGUAUUUAAAUAAGGGUUUAAUGAAUUUUAUGCCAACAUUAUCUAUAUGAUGGUUUUUAUUUUGUAUUAGAAAUAUAGCCGCUCCUCCUUCAUUAAAUUUGUUGGGGGAAGUCCUUUUAAUUAAUAGAUUAAUUAUUUAUAGAAAGUUAACAAUAAUUAUAUUAGCUCUUUUUUCUUUUUUUAGUGCCUGCUAUUCUUUAUUUUUAUAUUCUUAUACUCAGCAUGGUUUAUUUAGUUCUGGAAUUUAUUCAUUUACUUAUAUUUCAAAUCGUGAGUUUUUAUUACUAGUUCUUCAUUGAAUUCCCCUAAACUUUUUAAUUUUUAAGGGUGAAAUUUUUAGAGUAUGAAUUU